AUGUUCCACCAAUAUCAAAUCAAGGUUGCUGUGCUAGUCUUUACCUUGUGUUUCAGCGCACACAUCGUAUCAGGAUUGACAGUUGCUUGCGAUGGCGGGUUGACAGGAGCCGUUCGGUGGAAGGGGGGCGAUGUUACAUGCAUCAAGGGUAAUCAGGAAAGGGAACGUCAUUCGUGCAGGUACAAAAGCUGUUCACUGAAUGGUAACAAAUGGGUCGAAAUGGACACCUGUCGAAUCCAUGGCGCACCCCGCACCGACCCUGGCAUAAGCAAGCAACAAUGCACGGACUACUCCUGGAUGGCUGAUGGCACAUAUUCUUGUACGAAUGCCGGGGAUAGAACUUAUGACUGCUACAAUCUGAGCCCAGACACCGUCCCAUACAUAACGUGUAAUGACUGCAACCCGGCGUAG